GCUGCGCCCUGCAGGAUGCUGCUGACAGCGUGAAGGUGCAGGACAAGAGGCAGGUAUGAAAACACGGAGGUUAAUGUCGUUUAAGCCGUGUUUUAAGCAACUCUGGCGGAGCUGAAAGUGAAGCUCUGACUUUCAAACCCAUUAAAGGUAGCGUGGUUCUCACUCGGCGGCUGGUCUGCACUGCGAAGAGCUCUCAGGAAAGCUGCUUUUGCCUGGACGAUCGAAGGCAAAGAUCUUUUUAAUUACUUGCCUGGCGCAGAGUAGAAAAGGCUCGGGCUCUGCCUGUGGGUAUUCAUAUUGAUUGCUUUCAGUGGAUGCAUUCUCUGUUGACUCUGAGGAAGAUUUAAGGUUUUCCAAACAGACCAGAAUGUCAAAAAUUUCCAAGGCAGCAAAGGCGGUGAAGAAAUUGGAUGCAGGCAAUGUAAUCCGGGCUAUAGUGAGGUCAGGACAGGCAGCACCCGGCCCCCCACUGGGCCCCAUCCUGGGACAGAAAGGUAUCCCCAUUGGACAGUUCUGCAAGGACUUCAAUGAGAAAACCAAAGAGCUGAAGGAAGGCAUCCCACUUCCGAUCAAGAUCCAUGUCAAGCCUGACAGAACGUAUGACCUGAAGAUCGGUCGGCCCACCGUCUCUUACUUCCUCAGACAGGCAGCAGGAAUCGCUAAAGGUGCCGGUAAGACAGGCCACGAGACAGCCGGGAUGGUGUCGGUUAGAGCUGUGUACGAGAUCGCACAGGUGAAAGCUCAAGAUGAGUGCUUCAAGAUGAGAGACGCCUCCCUCGAGACGGUCGUCAAAAGCAUCGUCGGCUCGGCACGCUCGCUGGGAAUCAAAGUAGUCAACGAUCUUUCAGCAGAUGACUACAAGGUCUUCCUCGAGCAGAGAGAGGAGAAGUUGAAGGCAGACGCCGCAGCAUCUGCAGCCGCCGCAACAGAAGCCGUGUUGGGCAAGAAGAAAUGAAACCUUCGAUCCUCUCCUGUAUUUGUUUAUUUUGACUUUAUACAUACAUGUACUACAUUCUUGAAAAACCUGUGUUAAUAAAAGUUUUAUGUUAACAGAG